AUGGGCUACAUGAAUCAGAUCUUUCAACCUUACUUGGAUCGUUUUGUGGUCGUAUUCAUCGACGACAUACUAAUCUACUCGAAGAGCAAAGAAGAGCAUGAAGAACACUUGAGAACUGUGCUACAUAUAUUGCGGAAGAAGCAACUAUAUGCAAAACCAUCGAAGUGUGAAUUCUGGCUGCCACAGAUCCAAUUUCUUGGACAUGUAAUCUCAGAUGAAGGAGUAGCAGUGGAUCCCAGUAACAUCGAAGCAAUAGUAAACUGGGAACGACCAAAGACUGUCACGGAAAUAAGAAGCUUCCUUGGGCUAGCAGGAUAUUAUCGAAGAUUCAUAGAAGGAUUCUCGAAGAGGGUGUUGCCACUCACCCGAUUAACAAGAAAGGAAGUCCCUUUCGUGUGGACCCAAGAAUGUGAGACCUAUUUCCAAGAGUUAAAAAGAAUGCUGACAACAGCUCCAGUACUGACGCUGCCAGACCCAGAGGAACCAUUCGACUGUAUUGUGAUGCCUCCAAGAUAG